AGAAUCAAGCGGGACAUCCCUCUCGAUCCCUCUGACUGAAAGGCUUCAGGGGCUCAAACACGCUCAUUAGGCUCCGGUGAGACGUCGAACAUUGCGAGCACAGGCUGGCCCAGGUCACGUUGAUGCUGGUGGGCAACCCCCAGUACUCUCCCUGUCACCUGCUCUUGCACCGCUCCCAUCCCCCCGCCAGCCAUGGCUUCGAGCAGUGACCCUGGCUGUGAGAGGCUGGACCCUGACUCUGACAAACAGACCAGCAGUCUCAUGGACACCAUGGCUGCCAUGACGACAAAAGACUCAGGCGGCUCAGCUGCCAAUGGCGUGAGGAAUAGCGGGGCUCAGCAGGACUGGGGUCAGGCCAAGAGGACUCAUCCGCUGCGCCCUCAUCUGACUGGAAGGAAGUUGUCGCUGCAGGAGAGAGGCACCUACCUGUCCUCAGGCUCUGGAGGAGGCUUCACGCAUAUCUCCCCCCGAGUGGCUCGCAGGCCCACAGUGGAGUCUAAACGUGUGUCUAUAUCAGACGCUCAGGACUGUAUCCAGUUGAACCAGUAUAAGCUGAAGAGUGAGAUUGGAAAGGGCUCCUACGGUGUGGUCAAGCUUGCCUACAAUGAGGAUGAUGAGAAACAUUAUGCCAUGAAGGUGGUGUCCAAGAAGAAGUUGAUGAAGCAGUGUGGGUUUCCACGUCGCCCACCCCCGAGAGGUCCCAAGGCAGCCCAGGGACAGCAGCCCAAAAUCUUAGGACCCCUGGAGAGGGUCUACCAGGAGAUCGCCAUCCUUAAAAAACUGGACCACAUCAACAUUGUCAAGCUGGUGGAGGUGCUGGAUGAUCCUGCGGAGGACAACCUUCACAUGGUGUUUGAGCUGAUGCGUAAAGGUCCAGUGAUGGAAGUGCCAGCGGACAAUCCUUUGUCAGAGGAGCAGGCGAGGUUAUACUUCAGAGACGUCAUCCUGGGCAUAGAGUACUUGCACUACCAGAAGAUUGUCCACCGGGACAUCAAGCCUUCUAACUUGUUACUUGGGGAUGACGGCCAUGUGAAGAUAGCAGACUUUGGGGUCAGCAACCAGUUUGAGGGCAACGAUGCUUUGCUGUCCAGCACAGCCGGCACUCCCGCCUUCAUGGCACCAGAGACCUUGUCAGAUCAGCGCAAGAGCUUCAGCGGAAAGGCUCUGGACGUGUGGGCCAUGGGAGUCACUCUCUACUGUUUCGUCUUUGGGAAGUGCCCAUUUAUUGAUGAGUACAUAUUGGCUUUGCACAACAAGAUAAGGACCAAGCCUGUGGACUUCUCAGAAACACCAAACAUCAGUGAAGAGCUGCGGACUCUGAUCUUGCGGAUGCUGGAUAAGAACCCAGACACCAGGAUCACCAUCCCUGAGAUCAAGAUGGACCAGUGGGUGACCCAGGGCGGUACCGACCCCUUGCCUCUGGAGGAGGAGCACUGCUCUGUGGUGGAGGUGACCGAGGAGGACAUCCAGAACUCAGUCAAGUUUGUCCCCAGCCUCUCUGCAGUGAUCUUGGUAAAAGCCAUGCUGAGGAAGCGCUCCUUCAGUAACCCCUUUGAAUGUCCGAGCAGGAGGGAGGAGAGGUCCAUGUCUGCGCCCGGCAGCCUGCUCAUGGACUCGUGGCCCUUCCGGCCCUCUUUAAAACUUCACCCCUCCCUCAGAAAGUGCAGCACAGGAGAUGGACCCAGAGAGGGAGAGCUGGAGGACCUGCAUGAAGACGAGCCCUCCUCUUGAGUCUCCCAUCCGCAGAGCUUUGUCUUGGACUCCGUCCCUUUACGUCCCUUUGCUUGAACCACUGUGCACUCACCCCUUCGUCCUCCAAACCAGUGACUCACUACGGGCCUCUCCGUCUGUGCACCGAGGAAACACUCAAGGUUUUGAAUCUGAUACAGUGCUUGUGUUUGCAGUCAGACUUGUGCGCUUGCUUUCGUUUUUGCAUCCAGUCUUUCCUUUCUCACCCUGAAAAUUUCCUUGGUCACUGUGGAGUGUUCGAUCUGCGGAGGUUGCUCGUUUAACCUGCUCAACCACUUACUGGCAUGAGUGAAGCGAGGAGAGGAACUCUGCCAGUUCUCUGGAUCGUUCACAGUUCACGUUAUUGUUGCAGGAAAAGAUGAGAACCUGUUCGUCGGCUUGUAUUACACUGUAAUGUGGAAAAAAAAGAGUCAAACUCUUUUGUUUUUUGUUUUUUGCAUGGUGAAUAGUUAUGGCUCAUCAUCAGGCUGUCCACGGCCACCUGUCACAGUCAGAGGCUGAUGAAGAGAAAAGAAACUCCUCUCUGACACUCAUCACAGACUCCCGCAUGUGAAUGACACUGUAUUGUCUCUUCAGCGAAGUACAGGGCUUUUGAUUUCUGAUCAGUGAUCAGUCAUUUUAAUAUUGUACAUUGAUGUCUUCAGUGCUCUCGUCUCGCAGCCCCAUUGUACACGUGCCACCCAUAGCUUUUAUUUUGAAGCGAGGUUAUAAAGGUUGAAGUCCUUCCUCCUUCCUGGUCGAGCUCCUCUGACAGGAGGGAGAGGAAGUCAGCCGUCUGAGGGC